AAUUGCAAUUGGCGGUCCCAAACACUGUUGUCGUUGCUGUCGCAAAAGCAAUUCAGUUGUCAAAUGUGUUUGAGACGUUGAGGCGAGUGGCUGGCGAUUUUGUGAUUGCGGUCAUAAAGUUGGCAAAGUGAGAAAAAACACACAUAAGACCCCAAUCUAGUUGGAGAAAAAUCCAUUUCAAGUGAGAAAAAUGGUGCCGUGACUGCUAAUAAGAAAUGGUGAAACACUUCCGGUUUGCAAAAAAAAAAUGAAAAAAUUGUUAGUUGCACAUACUACAAAACUCUAAUUUAUGCAUAUAUAUGUUUGUAAGAAAGCUACCAAAAAGGAAAACAUUGAUUUGUUACAAGUGACGCGUUAUGCACUCAAAUCGUUCCAAUUAAUUACACGCGCAGAAAUGCACUGCUCCAAUUUCUGCUGACAUUUUUGUGUGUCGCCGUACAUACUUGCAUACAUAUACAUAUAUAAGUAUCACCGCCCAUCAACUCCCCAUUUGGCAGUGAAAGUAUUUCCGUGAAACCGACGUGUACUUCAUUCAUUCAACGCCGUGCCACGCUUGCACACAAGAACGUCUUUGCAGUUUCCUAAUCGCUUUAGAGCAGUGUUGAGGCGUAAAAUCUUGCCGCAAGCGCAGCAACGACAGCCGCAGCGACGCCAACUGCGACAGCAUUGUCUACAUGGCUGCACUGCGACGGCAUGUGCGAUUUUAGUUUUGGCUUUUGUUAGUGCCACAGCAGCGUCACCUCUUAUGCGUCCUUGAAUUGCUGGCGCCUGUGAUUUUUGUUGCAAGCGCCAGCCAUUGUAAGCGCUGCCUCGUAGACUUUCUUCCGCCGGAAACACUAUUGCAGCAUAUUGACUGCAAAUGCCAGUCGGCAUUGUUGUUAAUGCACAUUCAAAGAACAAUUGAUGGAUUAAAAGCAGUGCUGCCAAUUGCAUAGUGAAUUAGUGAAAUAGUGAAGGUGAGGAAGAAGUGUUCGGUGGCGUAACCUGUUGGCUUUUCAAUUGCAAAACAAAAAUACGUGUGUAUGUAUGUGAAUCGAAAGUAAUGAAAGAAAAAAUAAACUCGCAAUUAAUGUGAAAACAGCAAAAGCGCAGCAAAUUAAACGCGACAAAAAAUCGAUUGGGCUCAUUUCUUUCUCUCCACACCAGCAGCGUAUGCCAAUGCAGUGCUGUCAUUAUUUAACUAAAAUUUCAAACAACAAAAUCCCAAGAAAAAAACUUUUAAAAGCAACAUUACAUUUCUCCCUUUAACUUACCUUGCCGCUCGCAUGACUCAUCCACAUUCUAACUGACCCCCUUUUGUGCCAUUGUCGCUGGCUUAAAACCAAAAAAUAAAUCCACACAUCAACACAUAGUGUCGUCGUGUUUGGAAAAUGAAAAGUCACAACAAAUAUGCAAAAUUACCCCAAGAUUUAGAUUUAAGUUUCCAAGAGCAAUUGGACGUGGAUGCAGACGCUUCGGAUGAUUUCAAUUUAGCCGCUGGCAUUGGUUUGGUAGACGACACCGACGACGACGAACGUGUCGCAACAACUGGCGACCUAAGAGGAGUAGCUACAACAGCAGCGGAGGGUCACGUUUACGACGACGAAGAGGACGAAAUUGUAAUAGCAACAGCUGCGGGAGGUGGCGGCAGUAGUGCGGGAAAGCGUACGGAUGUUGGUAGCGGUGGAACAGCAGGUGUGCGUGUGAACACGUCAGCCACCAGUGGCGAACGAAAAGUACGAGGCGGUGUUGCUGUUGGUUUGGGCAGCGAUAGUUUAAUCGAGAAUACACACAGAAAAUUUCAUAUCGUUCCGGGGAAAUAUUUUCGAAGUUACACGCAAAUUUGGAAAGGCGAUUCAGAGUGCAUGAAAGUAUCAUACAAGGCCGGACCUGGAACGCUGUCCUUUUAUUUUUCUGCCUAUUGUAAAUGCUCCCUUCUAAAGAAUGGCCCGCAGACAACAUCAGCUCGAGUUAUCAGAAGCUCUCGAAGCGGCGAAGGGUGUAUUAUAUGGUCCUGGAAUAGACAGCUCCAUAAUAUCCUGUUCAGAGAUAUAGUGGCCACUACAAAACGACUUUUUUGAGAGGAGCUCCGGAGAUCAGCUGUUGCUCCUUUCGGUCCUGCAUAUAACCCCUUAACGAGCUCGAGCAAUAUUACUUAAAAAACACUUUUUCUACUUCUACAAUUUUACGUUCCCAUAUCGAAAAUAAAAAUGUGACUACCUAGCAGACAUUUGCUUAUUUGUCACGAUUACCGCAAACAA